ACACUUUAAUUCCAUUAGCAUUCUUUUCUUUUUCAACUUCAUUCUUCAAUUCAGAUCACCACCAACCACCGUCAGAAGCUCCAAAUUUGAUCAGACGUUCAAGAGACUUUAGUUGCAUUUCAGUUAUACAUUUAUAAUGUCUCUCAUGGAAGGAGUACAACACUUAAAAAUUCCACUUGAAGACAUAAAGUUGGCCACCAAUAACUUUGAUGAUGAGAAUUUCAUUGCACAUGGUGGAUUUGGGAAGGUCUACUUAGGCCAACUCAUCUUAUCUGGACAGCAUAUCACCGUUGCUGUAAAGAGGUUGGACCGAACAUUUGGACAAGGGAACCGAGAGUUCUUUAUGGAAAUUCAGAUGCUUUCGUGCUAUAAACACAAAAAUCUCAUAUCUCUUAUUGGGUUUUGUUAUGAGGGUGGAGAAAGUAUCCUCGUGUAUGAGCAUGCAAAACAUGGAAGCCUUGACAAAUAUUUAAGUGACAGUAACCUAUCCUGGACACAACGUCUCCAAAUAAGCCUUGGUGCGGCAUGUGGCUUUAAUUACCUUCAUAAUGACGUGGGACACCAACACAGGGUCCUGCAUCGGGACAUAAAGAGUUCAAACAUUCUCUUAAAUGAGAAUUGGGAAGCGAAAAUCUCAGAUUUUGGAUUGUCAAAAAUAGGCCCUUCAAAUGUUGACUUAACUUUUCUUGUCACUAAUGCUUGUGGCACUGUCGGCUAUGUUGAUCCAGAAUAUGUAAGAAGCGGCAUUCUAACAAAGGAGUCUGAUGUUUAUUCAUUUGGGGUAGUGCUAUUUGAAAUCUUGUGUGGAAGGUUGGCACUUAUUAGAACAUAUCAAGAUGAACGUCGCGCUCUUUCUUCGUUGGCAAAAAUGUAUUGUGAAGACAACCGAUUAGAAGAGAUCAUUGAUCCCAAUCUCAUGAAUAAAGUGAAAGUAGCAUCGUUAAAGCAGUUCUCAAUGGUUGCAUAUCAAUGCUUGAGGGAAAAUCGAAGUGAACGCCCAACCAUGGGCUGGAUUGUUCAAAACCUCCAUAAGGCAUUGGAGCUUCAAGAUUCUAGCAAAGGAUUUAUUCGGGUAGGAACUUGGGGAAGAAAAAGUGAAGAUCCUCAAAAUAACUGGUCUUUUGAACUUGAGAAAGGCCAUAACCUUGUGAAGAUAACUAUUGACCAUGGUGAUGUAAUAUACUCUCUUAUGUUCACUAGUGAAUCUAAAGGUGUUUUGCACGAUUCCGACAAGUGUGGUGGUUUGGCAGGUGGAGAAACAGUUUCUGAGGUAAUAUUCGAAGGUGAUGAUAAAAUAAUUAGGAUUAAUGGAACCACUGGUUUUCAAGAUGGUUUUAUAAUAAUUUCGUCACUAUCCUUUGAGACGAACAAAAGGACCCAUGGACCAUUUGGUCGAGCAACAAAAAAUGUUUUCUCUAUACCAUGGGACAAAGGCUCAAGCUUAACACACACCUCUGAAAGGGUUGGUCAUGAUUGGAUUGGUUAUAUUCCGGAUAGCGAACGAACCGUUUCUGAGGUAUUAUUUGAUUGGAACGAGGAAAUAAAUUCCAUCAACGGAACAAUUGAUUUCUCAACGGGAUACUGUCCUGGCUACAGAGUAAUAACGUCAAUAUCAUUUGUGACAAACAAAAAAACCCAUGGACCUUUUGGUAAAAAAAGAGGUGAGCUUUUCUCGGUAUCAUUUGAUUGUGGUUCUUUUGCUGGAUUUUAUGGCCUUGCUGGCGCUUAUAUUGAUAGUAUUGGCAUCUAUUUGAGGACUCUCUAGUAUGAGAUGAGGAUUGAUGAGGAAAUAUCUUUUUGUUUUUGUUAGAUUUAUGGUGCAUGGUGUGUUUGUUAUUCGAGUUUUUGUUAACAUUUUUAUUGUUUUUAUAUUCUGAAUUUGAUAAUCAUGCAUCUACCUUGUAAGUAUAUGC